CCAGAUCCGAAAAUGACAAGACUUUGGUAUGGAUAGGCCUCUUUGCAAAUGUGCGUGGUCUGCCGUUUUGUGUGCUUUCGCUGAGCAUCAUCUGUGUUUGAUAAACGACAUGAAUGUUUCAACGAUAUAUAACCGUGUGCAGAAUACGGUACAUAUGACUGUGUGCUCCAGUGUAGUUUGAAACUGCCAUUGUUGAUAUUGCCUUGCCUGGUCCGUCUCGACCGACGCUGAACUUCGUGAAAGGAGAUGCUGCUCCCGUCAUUACGUUACCGUUAUUUGUCUUUCUGCUGCUGUGCUCAUUCAGUGUAUGAAACGUUGAUGCUUGUGCGGAUGCUCGAGUGAUUGUCGGGCGACUGUGUAAAAACGUUCCGUGCCUAUUCGUUACGUCCACUAUUCCCUGCCACGGGAGACGAUCGACGUGUCGUGCUUUGGAAUUUACAUCAAUUAAACAUCAGUACAAAUGGCCGAGGCGGAGAAACCGUUCACCUGCGAUGUGUCAGGCUGUGGAAUCAAGUUUGUCUGCGAAGACAAGCUCACGAGCCACAAGAGGAGACACAACAUGAUGCUGACAUUGAAUUUUGCGAACACAGGUGCCGGCCCAAGAAACUGCAUUGAGCAAACUCCGACGCCAACGCGAUUCAUGGAUAUAAUUGAAGAGACGGGCCUGUUUCAAGAUCUCCAGCCUGAAUUCACCACCCCCGAGCCAGCUCAUACCGCCAAUCCAUUCGACGCGUCCUUUCGUAAGGCGUCGAGCGGGGAAAUUGUUACGAAGGAGCCAAGCCAUAUCCCUAGCACGAGUGAGCCGCUGAACACGCCCUGCAUUAUGCCAGUGACGGCAGACCCCCUUGCGCUGCGGCCCCAGUUCACUCCAGCUUCAGCCGUUCCCAAAUUCGGACCAGCCCCUUUGCCCACUCCCAAAGUAGAGGAGGCAUCCAGUGACAACACAAGUGCACCUUCCAGUGCUUCAAAUGCAAGCAAAGGGUGUAGUUCGCCUGAUGAAGUGACAGUGGUUGCAGCUGCUGCUCCUGACACAAAGAAGUUGUUGGGUGCCCCCAUCAGUGACAAACCUGCCACACUUCAAGUGAACCCAACUGCUGAGGCACAAUCUGCCAUGACUGGGCCAACUCCUGCUGACAGUGUUCUAGCGGCGACUAGUCCCUAUUGUUCAAGUGCUUCCAGGAGUUUCCCCGAACCAUGUGGCACCAGUCGUAGCCCCUGUCGUUGCACCACCCGUUACUCCUAUUGUACCAACCGUAGGCUCUUUGCCUGGCUCCAAGGCGACCACUAUCAUUACACCUUCCAACGUUAUCCAGAUUGGAGAGAGUGUCCAGCUGUUGAUUGUAGCCAACCCUACUCCCGCCGUCGGGGCGACAACGCAAUUGCCGCCUGCUCCUCUCCUGCAACAGAAUAUAGAAACGAAAUUGAAGGAUACACUGGUCGUCAAAGGCCUUAGCAGUCUCACCGACAAACAGCAGGCAACAAAAUGUUCACUCUCCACACCUCGUACGACCAAGCCUCUUAUUGCACCAUCAGACCCGAAUCUGGGUGACAGCAAAAAUAACUGUCUAGACAUGGUCAUGGAUGACGAACGAAAGAAGAAAAACAGAGAAAACAACAGGUAUGCUGCACAGAGGUCCCG